CCAUCACUAUGGGCAUCACAGGGUGGCUAGUGCCUUUGUAUCAGUAAAAAUGUCCAGCAAAAAAAGGAAAGAGCCGUGUCGCGUUUGCUUUAAGAAAUCAUAUUGUGCCAUAAACAUAUUCGACAAGCGACCAGAUGUUCUGGAUGUAGUUUCACGAUACUCUUGCCAAGAAGUUAGUAGAGGAGAUUCAUUACCUGAAUUCGUAUGCCGAUUUUGCCUGGCGGAUGCGAUUGCCUUUCAAGCAAAUCAGCAGUUCCUCGAGGAAAAUGCCCCCAUGGAGGCGGAAGUCUACGAAAUAUCCGAGUUCCCAGACAACGACGGGGUCCCUGAGCAGAACUCAUUAGCAGAAGAAUAUUUUGAAAUUUUUGAAUACACAGACGAGAAUGAAGAAAUUGGGGAUGAAGAAUGCACAAUGCAGGACUCCCUGGUGGAAGAAUCAACUGCUAAUAAUGAAGAGGAGGAAAGGAGAAGAAGGAAAGAUGUACCUAUUGAUAAUGAAGCAUUCCAGGAGUCGUCCAGUAAUAUUGAUUCGUUAAACUGCCAAGUAAUCAACGAGCCAAUCGAAGAUAACUUGCUUGAGGAUGAAGUCGGCACAGAACCAAAUGAGCAUUCACAAACUAAGUUGCCUAAGGAUCAACAGUUCAGUUUUGAUCAUAGCCCGGAGCCCUUAUCGAAUGGAAGCACCCAAGAUGAGGAUGGGCUCAUCCACUGUCCUGAUUGCCCGAAGACCUUCAAAACACAAUUAUGUUUUUUAAAACACAGCGCCAUUCACGCGCGCUCUUACACGCCACCGGAGUACUUCAGGUGUUCCUUCUGCAUGAAGUUCUUUCCGCAGCAGUCCGAACUGGAUCUACACAUGAUGGAUCACUCUGGAGGAAGGUUUGAUUGCACUUUUUGCUCCAAAUCUUUUACCUUGGAGAACGAUUUUAAGCAUCAUAGGCAACUUUACCACUUUUUGGACGCAAAGAAUGAUGAGCCUUUCCAGUGUCCCGAUUGCCCAAAGUCCUACAAGAGAUGGGGCCCUUUUCAGAAUCACAGGAAAGUUCACGGCAUGGCACAGGAAGAACUUCAGGUGGCGUCCAGUAAUAUUGAUUCAACCAACUGCCAAGUUGUCAACGAGCCAAUCGAAGAUGACUUAACCGUGGAUCAAGUCGGCACAGAACCAAAUGAGCAAUCACAAACUCCUAAGAAGUUGCCAGCCAACUACAAGAAAAAUGGCUCUUUUCAGAUUCACAGGAGAAGUACAAAAGAAGUACUUCAGGUGUCGUCCAGUAAUGUUGAUUCACUCAACUGCCAAAAUGUCAAUGAGCCAAUUGAAGAUGACUUAACCGUGGAUCAAGUUGGCACAGUACCAAAUGAGCAUUCCCAAACUCCUAAGGAGUUGCCCGCCACGUCGUUAGAGAGCGAUAAGCCUUUCCGGUGUAACAUAUGCCCGAAGUCCUUUUAUAAAUGGGUCUAUCUUAAGAGGCACAUGACCGUUCACAAUAACCCCCUGCAACCAGUUUACUUCAGAUGUUCCGUCUGCCUGGACACCUUUAAGAAGAAGGCCGAUAUGGACCUGCACAUGGAAGGUCACACUGGACAGCUGUAUCAGUGCUCUGUUUGCCCAGAGACUUUUACCUUUGAAAACGAUCUGAAGCGACACAAUCGCAAGCAACACCAUUUGAAUCCAUACAAGUGUCCACUCUGCCCACUAUCUUAUACUGGGAAAACCUAUCUUGAAUCUCACCUCGUCUCCCACGGUGUCAGUGUUAAAAAUAAAAUGACAUAAUCCGAAGUUAGUUAAUAAAUAUAACUAAAUUUGUGCUUUUUUACUCA